CGCCACAGGGCGACAUUCCAGAACCCGGACUUGGACAGUUUGUUUGUGCUGUGUGUGCUGCUGCUGCUGCUCCGAUAGCGAGAGCUGAGAGAGGGUGUGUGGGGUAUGUGUGUGUGUGUAUAUGAACUGUGCUGUAUGUAUAUGUGCAAUACGUUUUAAAGUGGAGUAUAGACAUCCAUAACCGACUACAGCAUGUCACAUCUGACAACGUCCAUCAUGACACAGUGAAUGCAAGAAACACAACUUCUUGAUCAUCACCUCUCUCUCUCUCGUUUGCGUUUGUUUCGGGCUCCGAUAGCUUGAUACUUUGCCAUCACAGCCGAUGCUAGCCGACUCACUGUGUGUGUUUGAGUGCGUGUGUCACUUUGGCUCAGGUUCCCCAGCACAGUGUUGUUGCCAAGUGGAAAACUUACCUGGAGACUCUGUCUGAACCAAAGAGUCAGGGGAUCGGUGUGCAGAGAGACGUAGGGUCAGUUUGAAGACCCAAAGCAUCGUAAAGCAGGCAAACUGGAACUCAUGGAGCUUGAAAACAUUGUCGCCAACACCGUUUACCUUAAGGCGAGGGAAGGUGGUGGUGACAGCAACAAAGGCAAAAGCAAGAAAUGGAAAAGGAUUCUUCAAUUUCCACACAUUUCAGUCUGCAUAGACUUGAAGGAAAAACUAGAUGUACGUUAUUGCUUCAUCAUCGACCAACAGCCAAUCGGACGGUUACUGUUCCGACGCUUUUGCGAAGUCAGCCAAAAGUAUCAACGUUACAAUAAUUUUCUAGACGUAAUGGACAAAUACGAGUUAGAGGACAUAAAACGAGAGGAUAGCGCACAAGAGAUCUACAGGCGAUUCUUAGCUCCAGGAGCCGAAGAAUCUGUCGAGAUCAUUAACGACGACAUCAUCAGCCAAUGUAAAGAAAGAUUGCACGAAGGAAGCAAGGACCUGUUUGCUGCAUGCACUGCUGUCGUUCGCGGUUAUUUGGCCGGUGAGCCUUUCAAGGAUUUCGAAAACUCGAUGUACUUUCACCGUUACCUGCAGUGGAAAUGGCUCGAAAGCCAACCGGUAACGUACAAAACUUUCCGAAUGUAUCGUGUGUUGGGCAAAGGAGGAUUUGGCGAGGUGUGCGCCUGCCAGGUGCGGGCCACCGGCAAAAUGUACGCGUGCAAGAAACUCGAAAAGAAAAGGAUAAAGAAACGCAAAGGGGAAGCUAUGGUCCUUAUUGAAAAACAGAUCCUUCAGCGAAUCAACUCACGUUUUGUCGUAAGUUUGGCAUACGCCUACGAAACCAAGGAUGCUCUUUGUUUGGUGCUGACCAUUAUGAACGGUGGCGACCUCAAAUUCCACAUUUACAACAUGGGCGGCGAGCCGGGCUUCGAAAUAGAGCGAGCACGAUUUUACUCUGCAGAGAUAUUAUGCGGUCUGGAGCAUCUGCACACGCAAGGGAUCGUCUAUCGAGACUGCAAGCCUGAGAACAUUUUACUAGACGAUCACGGUCACGUACGAAUAUCCGAUUUAGGUCUCGCCGUAGAUAUACCCGAGGGGGAAAUGGUCCGAGGCCGAGUAGGCACCGUCGGCUACAUGGCUCCUGAAGUGAUUGACAAUGAAAAGUACACCUUCAGUCCGGAUUUCUUCAGUUUCGGCUGUCUCAUUUACGAAAUGAUUGAAGGCCAAGCUCCGUUUCGAGCACGCAAAGAGAAAGUCAAACGAGAAGAGGUGGACCGACGGGUCCGCGAGUCCACCGAGUCCUACUCGUCCAAGUUCACUGAAGAGGCCAAGUCCAUUUGCCAGCAGCUGUUGAAAAAGCAGCCCAAAGACCGGCUGGGUUGCUCGCAUGGACGCUACGGAGCCACCCAAGUCAAAUCGCACGAAUAUUUUCGGAGUACCAACUGGCGCCGAUUAGAUGCCGGCAUAUGCGAACCUCCUUUCAUUCCGGAUCCGCACGCUGUUUACGCCAAAGAUGUUUUAGACAUUGAACAAUUUUCGACGGUGAAAGGCGUCAGUCUCGAUUCAACAGAUGAUUCUUUCUACACCAAGUUCAACACGGGAUCUGUUUCCAUCCCGUGGCAGACUGAGAUGAUUGAGACGGAGUGUUACAAAGAACUCAAUGUUUUCGGUCCUGAUGAAACUCGCACUCCCGAUUUGAUCCUUGAUCAGCCACCAGCUCCGGAAAACCGCAGCUGCUUCCCGUUCCGUCGAAGGAAAAAGCAGCCCGGCUAUCGCACGAAAUGAGAAAUCAACUUAGGAUAUUAUUUGCAGGGUUAUUUUUUUUCUCCGGUUGUUUGCAUCGGAUUGGUGGCGGCUGUUAACCGUCUGGAUGCAACCCUCUGAUGGAUCGCUUCAACUGCCACAAUGAAGAGAGAGAGAGGUCACGCAAUGCAACCGACUUCUACUACCCUGUAUGUAUGUAGCAUAAAAUUUCGUUGCCCUUCUUUUUUCCAAACUCACCACCAAUCUAACCCAUCGUGUCUAACAUACUCUCUCUUGUCGCCGUCCCCGAAAUAUUAGGACGUUCCCAAUUUGGUUUUGCUAAAAAAAAAAUUAAAGGGACAUUUCCUUGAAUUUUUUUUGGCCCCCCCUCUUUUAAUCGACUGGAUUUCUUUUGAUUGUCCUGAUGGAUCGUUCAGAUCAAGGAAGAGUGAGAGCUUUUUCUGGCAUUUAUCUUAAACUUUUAAAUGAUGUCUUUUAGAAGAUGUCAUUUAAAAAGAAAGAUCGUAUAGGAAAUUUCAGUUAGGAACAGAAUUUUGACAAUUUUUCACACACCUCAUUGUGUUUUGCUCAGUAAGGUCUUUGACCUUUUUAUUUCAUUUCUUUUUUCCCCAUUUUCUUCUGACUGGCCAACAAUUGCGCAAAACAUUUUCCCCUCCUGGCUGUCCCCCCACUUCCCUCAUUCUGAAGUACAAACUGUCGGUGCAUCGUGAAAUGUCCGUUUUGUGUGUACACUUAACUAUUGUAUGCGUAUCGAAGGCGGUCGUGGGCCAGCACACGUCAGGGUUCUUUUUUCCCUCUUCUCUCCCUUUUUUUUCUUCUCGUUAUUGCCAUCCCGUAUUUGUUUUCUCGUCUCGUUCUAAAAUAUCGUAGUUUUUUAGGCUCCCCGACCAGACGGUUUAGCUUUGACAGAUUCCUUUUCGCUUACGAGACAAGAAUAAUAAUGAAACUCCCUUUCAAAAAAAUUUCAAAAAAGACAAAACGCACCUAUUACGUAUUACGUACACAUCGUGUGCACAAUUGCUGACUGCUGCUGCUGCUUUUAUUUAAUAACUCUCAAUUCCAUUUUCGUUUGAUUUUAUUUUUAUCGUGAAAGAUGAUCAAUAGUAGGAAAAAGAACAUUACUCUCUGUUCUCCCCAAUUAUUAUUAUUAUUAUUAAUUACAAUGGGAUAUUUCAAAAGUGACGUUGAUUUAUACAACGCAUGUGUACGGACUUCCGGUCUCUCUGUCGUCUUACGUGACGAUCCCGCCCCCCUCCCUCUCUGAAAAGAAAAAUGAGAACCAAACAAAAAAAAAAGAAACACAUAAAUAAUAUUCGAUAUGUUCGAGUCAUUUUUUUGUCGAUGCGUUUUAAAAAGAGAAGAGAAACAAAACAGAAAAGAGUGACUGUGCUUUUUUCUGAAAAGAAAAAAAAACAUGUAUUUUAAAAUUUUUUGGUUGUACGUGUGCGCCCACACUCCAAAUAUUGCGUGUAUGUAUGUGUGCAUAUGUUUGGUUAGUUUAUUCUUCUUUGCCUAAUUCCUUCCCUCCCCCCCCAUUUAAGACCCUUACACACAAUUCAAAUGUUUGAUGCCAUUUCUGAAAUGAGAAAAUGUGCAGACGUGGGGGGAUACGAGGGCCACUCCCAAAUUUCUGUGUUUUUCUCGUGAAAAAUUCUUUAGAUUUUUUUGUUCUUUCCCUUUUUUUGGUGCAGUAAUAAUUUAUUAUCGUGAGGAUGAUUAACGAUCAAUCACAGAUGGCGCUGGGGAUGAUUCUAAUUGCAUUGGGGGAUUGUAUGUAAUUCUUUUUAUUUUCCCGUAAUUCUUGACACGUGAUGAAAGAUGGUGUCUGUUGUGUUUAUUAUCUUUCCAUUCUUUUCUCUAGUUGCGUCGCUUUUGCAACAAUGUAAAGAUACCAAUUACCCUUCUUCUUUUUCCCUUCUUGUGACCAGGUUUUUUUCUCUCUUGUAUUACCCAUUCACAAGUCCUUUUUUUCUCUCUUUUUGUGGGUUGUAAUAUUUUAUCUAAUAUUUAAUUUUUUGUGUCUCGAUCAAACUCUUUUUUUUUUUAUCUCUAACAUUUAUUCUCUCUCUCUCGUCCACCCGUCAUCUUUCUGUUAUAUUACAUUAAAUGCUCGUUCUUCUAACGAUAAUAAUUUUUUUCUGAAAUUCUUGUUUGUAUGCCUGCCCCCCCUUAUUUUUGUUUUUCGUGUAUCAUCUUUGUACUGUGUACAUGAUUUUGGGAAAGAAUCAAUGAGAGAUGAUGAAGUCAAA